CUGGAGGCCUCCGGCGAUGCAAGCAGUGAGGCGUUUUGCAGCGAAGGGGGAGGGGGGAGAGUUGCCGCGGCCUGGUCUAGUGGCCCCAGCCCCGCGGCCGGGUCGUGCUCCCUGCCCGGGGCCCAGCCAGCGCCCGCCUGGCCUCGUCCUUCCCGCUCCGAGUGGGCUCUUCCCUUCUCAGGAAAAGGCGCAUCUCAUUAAAAAAAAAAAAAAAUCAGAGAAAAAUUACUGAAGUUUCGAUUGCUACCCUGAUGCUGUAAAUCUGCAAUAAAAGUGGCAAUGUCGAGGGUCCCCACGCCUCCACCACCUGGAGAGAUGUCCAGUGGACCCGUAGCUGAAAGCUGGUGUUAUACACAGGUUAAAGUAGUAAAAUUUUCCUACAUGUGGACCAUUAAUAACUUCAGCUUUUGCCGAGAAGAAAUGGGUGAAGUUUUAAAGAGUUCUACCUUUUCAUCAGGGCCAAAUGAUAAAAUGAAGUGGUGCCUGAGAGUAAACCCAAAAGGUUUAGAUGAUGAAAGCAAAGACUACCUGUCAUUAUAUUUGCUUCUAGUCAGUUGUCCAAAAAGUGAAGUCAGAGCAAAAUUUAAAUUUUCCCUUCUGAAUGCUAAAAGAGAAGAAACAAAAGCAAUGGAAAGCCAAAGAGCAUAUCGAUUUGUGCAAGGCAAGGAUUGGGGUUUUAAAAAAUUUAUCCGAAGAGAUUUUUUACUUGAUGAAGCUAAUGGUCUUUUACCAGAUGACAAGCUUACAUUAUUUUGUGAGGUAAGCGUGGUCCAAGAUUCAGUAAAUAUAUCAGGACAGUCCAAUACAAACACCUUGAAGGUACCUGAAUGUCGACUAGCAGAAGAUUUAGGGAAUCUCUGGGAAACAACAAAAUUUACAGAUUGCAGUUUUUAUGUAGGAGGACAAGAAUUCAAAGCCCACAAAUCUGUCCUUGCAGCACGCUCGCCAGUUUUUAAUGCAAUGUUUGAACAUGAAAUGGAGGAAAGCAAAAAGAAUCGUGUAGAAAUAAAUGAUGUAGACCCUGAGGUUUUUAAAGAAAUGAUGAGAUUCAUUUACACAGGGAAAGCACCAAACCUGGAAAAAAUGGCUGACAACUUGUUGGCAGCUGCAGACAAAUAUGCACUGGAACGGCUGAAGGUCAUGUGUGAAGAGGCACUCUGUAGUAACCUCUCAGUAGAAAACGUUGCUGACAUUCUUAUCCUCGCAGAUUUGCACAGCGCAGAACAGUUGAAAGCACAAGCAAUAGAUUUUAUUAACAGGUGCAGUGUUCUUAGACAACUUGGGUGUAAAGAUGGGAAAAACUGGAACAGCAACCAAGCAACAGACAUAAUGGAAACGGCAGGCUGGAAGUCCAUGAUCCACUCCCACCCUCACUUAGUAGCAGAGGCCUUUCGAGCACUAGCAUCUGCACAGUGUCCACAGUUUGGUAUUCCACGCAAACGGCUAAAACAGUCAUGAAAUCUUCCACGAACUUUAGAGAAAUUUGAAUUGACUCUACUCCUCCAGGUCCAGAGGUGUUUUCACAAACCAUAACAAGAAUUUGUGUUAUCCUUGUCCACAGAACAGAAGCUGAAAAAGCCUAUUGUUUGCUUUUCAGAUGGAUAAUUUAUGGUUUAAUCCUCAGCUUUAAAUUAGACUGAUUACUCUCUAAUUCACUGAAAGGCCUUAAAGUAUAGUCAGUGACUCUCUAGUCCAUAUAGUCUAAUGUAUCUAGUUGUUUUUCUUAUUUUUUUCUUUUUUUUUUUUUUUUUUUAAUGUGCCUUGUCUUUUUGACUAGGCUAUGCAGGAUUGCACUAGCUCCAUAAUGCAGUAAACUUGAUAACUGAAGAUUAAUUUUUGAAAGGGAUCUUCCAUUAUUUUAAAAAAAAAUGAAGAUUAUAGUUUGGUCCUGUGCUGACUGGAAGGUUUUCAACUAACCUCUCAUUAAAACCACUUGAACUGGACUUACAUAAUAUACUCCAGUCAAGUAUAGAUAAAGAGAGUCCGUUUACCUUCAGAGGAUGCCUACAGGCUAUUUAUGGCAAUAUACUGCUUUGAACAUAAUUUAUUUUUCAUUGUGGGGGCAAAUAUGCAAUGGUUUGGCCCAAAAAAUGUAUUUUCAUUACAGUUUAUAAUGCUUACUGUCUCAGUGUCAAAGCUGUACAAACGUGACAGAGAAACACACAAUAAACUUUUUGCUUGUG